GUUUUCUCAGGGGAGGAGCACGGCUGAUAUGGCGAAGCGCACGCAGACAUCUGGCGCUUUCAGCGGAGCAUCUGGGUCGCGAGCGUACAUCAAGAAUGAGAUGAAAGCCGAAGAUGAUGAGGAUGCGGAGAUGAACCGCGCAUUGGGCUUCACGUCAAGGAUCAAGAAGGAGAAGACGACGCAGGAUGGUGGGUAUGUCUCUUCUGACGAUGACGACGGCGAGUUUGGCCCCAGGCUGGAUAUCGAUGCUAUCGAUAUCUCGUCUGGUGAUGAGGCGGGUGAUCUGGAGGGCAAGCCGAGAGAGUCGAGUGUCCCGCACGCGCUCAUGCCGAUUCGGAUUCCAAGGCGCGAGCAUCAGGAUCGUGUGAUCGGCAUCAAUACUGAAGCCAGCAAUGCAACAUCGGCGAAGGUUGCAAAACAGGCAGCGGAGAAAGGGGCUUCUACUACUGAUGAGACUACUGAGUCUGCAACUCGGAAAGGCAAGGCGAAAGCGAAGGAUGUCGAGAUCACCGAAGUGCGAAAGCCAUAUAAAGGCAUGUGGCAGGAUUCAGACGACAAGGACGAGGAAGUCCGGAUCAAGGCUGAACCAAUCGACGACGACGAGCAGCCCAUCACAGCCCCGGAGGCAGAGGCAGCCCCAGAGGGUGCCGAUGAGGAGGCAGCGGAAAAGGAGGAGCCACAAUCGCCACAGCUUGACAAGAAGUCCCACCUCAAAGGCAAAGGCCGCGCGCGCCGUCGUUCUGGUGUCCAAGACUCAAAACCAUCACUCCAAACCGAAGAAGAGAAGCAAGAAUGGCAGCGAUCGCAAGCAGAACUCGAAGACAUUCUCGUCGAGCUCGGUCAGGCGCAGUCCGCACCACGGAGCAAAGACCAAGACGCGGAUGUCGAAAUGAAAGAUGUCGAGCAAACGAAAGACAUGAAGGAAGAUCGAGUCUACCUUUUCCAAUUUCCACCCAUCAUCCCCGCCCUCGUCCCGCCAGCUGUCAAGAAAGAGGCACAGGAAGAACCGGCCCCUAUCAUCGCGGAAACGAAUUCGACGCCUAUCAAGAUUGAAGAAGACGCUCCACCAAAGCCGGCCUCGUCAACCCUCACGUCUGGCCGCGUAGGCAAGUUGCGAGUUCACCAGUCCGGAAAAGUGACGCUGAACUGGGGCGGUAUGAGUCUGGAGAUCAAGAAGGGCAUGAGUACCCAUUUCUUGCAGGAUACGGUCGUCACACGCAUCACGCCGCAGAACGAGAGGGUCGGACCUGGAGAUGAGGGUGACGCGUUGGGGUUUGGACAGGCUAGGGGCAAGUUUGUCGUCACGCCUGAUUGGUCUGCGAUGCUAUGAAUGGGACAGCUCUUGGACACGAUUCGAGCAUAAAAAAGGCGUAUUUUUGGUGGUGCAUUGCAGGUUGGGGAUACAGAUAAAAGGAUCUAGCAUAGCGAUGGUUGAACAGCUUGAGUGGUCUGGAUUGAUGUUCAGGACAUCGGAUAUUCAAAGUUAGAAAUCCAUACCUAACAUACUUGCU